AUGUUAGGCCGGGAGGCCUGGCGUGCAGUGUUUUUCUUUCAGGGGCCGUUGACAUUUAGGGAUGUGAUCAUAGAAUUUUCUCCAGAAGAGUGGGCAUGCCUGGACCCUGCUCAGCAGAAUUUGUAUUGGGAUGUGAUGUUAGAGACCUACAGAAACCUGGUCUCCCUGGGACUUUAUGUCUCUAAUCCUGACCUGAUCACCUGUCUGGAGCAAAGGAAAGAGCCCUGGAAUAUGAAGAGACAUGGAACAGUAGCCGAACACCCAGGUAGGUGA